AGCUCAGCGCAGCUGGGGAGGAGCCAACACGCCGUGCUCACCUGAGCCGCAGGCAGAUACGCUCAACUGGGAGAUGAAGAAACAGCAACCCAGGGAGAAUAAGUGACCCACACAGGAUCAUUCCUGGAGCUGCAAGGCCAAGGACACAGAUCUGGACCCUCCCAGACAGGGCAGACUUUCUGCAGCUUGAAGGAGCUGACCAUGGAUAUCAGGCGUGUGAAGGACUAUUUCUCCUGGCUCUACUAUCAAUACCAAAUCAUUAGCUGCUGUGCUGUCUUGGAGCCCUGGGAGAGAUCUAUGUUCAACACCAUCUUACUAACCAUUUUUGCUAUGGUGGUGUACACUGCCUAUGUCUUUAUUCCAAUCCACAUUCGCCUGGCUUGGGAAUUUUUCUCAAAAAUGUGUGGAUAUCACAGUACAAUUUCUAAUUGA